AUGUCUGCAAGAUUCUCUCCUCGCAGGCUGCUAAAGCCUCUGGCGUAUGGCACAGGAAUCGCUGUGGCAGGUGGUUCCGUCAUGUACAUCGCCUACCGCCCACGAAACAUACCAGGAGCAGAAUCGUUUGCUCCCAAACCUCCCAAACGAGACCAAAAUGGUGCCAUCAUCCCUCCAAAAUUCCCUGCCAUCAAAUCCCGAGCCGAUCAAAUAUCCGACCUGAGAAAGUCCUCUACUCCUUCUGGCGAAGUCUACGACUUAUUGGUGAUUGGUGCGGGAGCAACUGGAACAGGUAUUGCGCUUGACGCAGCCACCAGGGGAUUGAAGGUCGCCAUGGUGGAAAGAGACGAUUUCAGCAGUGGUACAAGCAGCAAGUCCACCAAACUGGUCCACGGAGGUGUCAGAUACCUCGAAAAGGCGGUAUGGAACUUGGAUUACAACCAAUACCAAUUGGUGAAAGAAGCACUACGCGAGAGAAAGAGCUUUCUGUACACAGCACCACAUCUGUCGACCUGGCUUCCUAUCAUGCUCCCGUUGCAGAAAUGGUGGCAAGCACCCUAUUUCUGGGCUGGAACGAAAUUCUAUGAUUUCCUCGCUGGAUCUGAAGGCAUUGAGAGCUCAUAUUUCCUGCCCAGGAGUAAGGCCCUCGAUGCAUUCCCAAUGCUGCGGAAAGAUAACCUGAUUGGAGCCCUGGUUUACUACGACGGCCAACAUAACGAUUCACGGAUGAAUGUUUCCCUUGGCAUGACUGCAACUCUCUAUGGUGCUACCACUGUCAACCACAUGGAGGUCACUGGUCUUGAAAAGGAUGCAAGCGGCAAAAUCACUGGAGCUCGUGUCCGCGACCUGGUUUCACUGAAGAAUGGAGACGCGAGCGAAGAUUUCACGAUCAAAGCCAAGGGCGUGAUCAACGCGACUGGACCAUUCGCAGAUGCGAUUCAGCAGAUGGACGAACCUGGUCAACGAGAAAUCGUCGCACCCAGUCUGGGUGUCCACGUUGUUCUGCCCGGGUAUCUUAGUCCACAGAAUAUGGGAUUGAUCGAUCCGUCAACAUCCGAUGGCAGAGUUAUUUUCUUCCUACCCUGGCAGGGAAAUACUAUUGCGGGGACAACCGAUGCCCCAUGCUCAAUCUCACAGAACCCAGUUGCUGGCGAAAAAGACAUCCAGUGGAUUCUGGACGAGAUCCGCACAUACUUGACUCCAGACAUCGAGGUCCAGCGAUCCGACAUCCUAGCUGCGUGGUCAGGAAUCCGACCGCUCAUGCGCGACCCACACUCCAAGAACACCGAAUCGCUAGUCCGCAGCCAUCUUGUAACAGUCUCGAAAUCUGGCCUCCUGACCUGCGCCGGCGGAAAAUGGACCACCUACCGCCAGAUGGCAGAGGACGCAGUUGACAAGGCCAUUGACACCUUCAAGCUCAAAACCAAACCCAUCAGCUACGUUGCCGAUAUUUCCGGCAUCAACGGCGUCGACCCCAGCGUCAGCCUGCUCAACGGAACCUGUCAAACUCACCAUAUCCGCCUCCUCGGCGCACACGGCUACUCCACCACCCUCUUCAUCAACUUGGUCCAGCACUUCGGCAUCGAAACCGAGGUCGCGAAGCACUUGGCCUCUGACUACGGCGACCGUGCAUGGGACGUUGCGGCACUCGCAGCCCCAGUCGAAGACUCACCGUUCCCGCUGCGCGGCCAACGCCUCUCGCCUCAAUACCCGUUCAUCGACGGCGAGGUGCGGUACGCGGUGCGUAGCGAAUACGCACAGACGGCCGUCGACGUGCUGGCGCGGCGCACACGGCUCAGUUUCUUGAACGCGCAGGCGGCGCUGCAGGCGCUGCCCCGCGUCAUCGACAUCAUGGGCGACGAGCUCAAGUGGAGUGCCGCGCGCAGGGAGUCCGAGUGGAAGGACACGGUCGGCUUCCUCGAGAGCAUGGGUCUGCCCAGUGAGUUGCUGCAGAUCACGCGCCAAGAGGUCCUCAAGGGCCUGCCCGGCAAAGCUGCGAAUCAUGCCGCUCCCUCGCUCCACGGCGCCAGUAAAAGCGAGAAGCCCGAGCCCCUCAAGCAGACGGGCGAGACCACGAGCGAGGCUCAGGCGCCUCUUCCAUGA